AAUUGAACCUCUUCCGUUCAAAAGCUGUUUCACAUGGGCUCCUGCUGAUCUUCAACCUAUCUUGGCGGCUCUCCUGCUGUCCCCACCUCUUCUUCUGUAUGACUGGCUGCUACAGCUCUCCUGCAGAACCUCGGCGCUUUUCGAUUCGUCGGGAAUAACGUACAUCAUUCACUAAUGUAGUUAGGUCGAUUUGUAGAGUAGGCUCACUUGGUGCUUGCAGGAUAUUUCUAGUCUCUCCUUGUGUUGAGAAUCUGAAGCAAGCUUUUUAUUUGUUUUUUUAAGUGUUUCAAUCCUAAAUAAACAUUAUGGAUAGCAUGAAAGACGGUUGGUUCACUGAAACAUGUACGCUAUGGCCGGGUCAAGCGCUGAGUCUUCAAGUCGAAGAGGUUUUGUAUCAUCAGAAAUCCAAAUUUCAGGAUGUUAUGGUUUUUAAGAGCAAAACAUAUGGCAAUGUCCUGGUUUUGGAUGGUGUUAUCCAGUGUACCGAACGGGAUGAAUUUUCCUACCAGGAAAUGAUUGCCAAUCUACCUCUGUGCUGCCACCCCAAUCCUAAAAAGGUGCUGAUCAUCGGCGGAGGCGACGGCGGGGUCCUGCGGGAGGUGGUGAAGCACCCCCUGGUGGAGUCCGUGGUGCAGUGCGAGAUCGAUGAGGAUGUUAUCAAUGUGUCUAAGAAGUACCUUCCUGGCAUGGCAAAGGGCUUUUUCAGUCCAAAACUCACACUGAACGUAGGAGAUGGGUUUGAGUUCAUGAAACAGAACCAAGAUGCUUUCGAUGUUAUCAUCACCGAUUCCUCUGAUCCUGUGGGUCCAGCUGAAAGCUUGUUCAAGGAGUCUUAUUACCAGCUAAUGAAGACAGCGUUGCGGGAGGGCGGGAUUCUCUGUUGCCAAGGAGAAUGCCAGUGGCUGCACCUGGAGCUGAUAAAAGAGAUGAGGACCUUCUGCAAGUCCCUGUUUCCUGUAGUGGACUAUGCUUACUGUAUGAUCCCCACCUACCCCAGCGGGCAGAUCGGAUUCAUGCUGUGCAGUAAGAACUCUGACACAAACUUUCGCGAGCCAGUGAGGAAACUUUCAAGGGAAGAGGUGGACAGUAUGAACCUCAAAUAUUACAAUCCUGAAAUCCACAGAGCGGCAUUUGUUCUUCCCGAAUUUGCCAGGAAGGUACUAAGUGAAGCAUAAGGCUUUCGGGAUAACCCGCUUUGUUGCUAACAUGGCCUUCAGUGCUGACCGAACGAAAACACCUCUUCACAGCUACUUGAACCUCUCUUGCGCUCUGGCACUCGGACCUUUCCUGCCCAGUGAAUGGUAUUCAUUGGAGGACAGCUGGGGGAGGAGGAGGGGGUGGGUACAGGGCAGAGAACAAGGACAGUACCCCCAUGGAAGGCUGUGCUUUCCAAACAGUACAUUCUGUGCAUUUCAGGAGUCUUAGUAUUUUGUAUCAUUUUUGUUUUCUCAGUGAUAAGUAAUAUGCAUCUUCAUCAAAGAGCUCAAGCCAGCGUUAAUGAGUACUGGAUUACCUUGGUUUUAUUUUUCUGAUUUUGUAAUUGUCUCAUGUUAUUUCUUUAUAGUGUUUUCAGGAGGCUUGGAGUUGUGGCUUUCCGACCGCAGUACGUGGAAUCUGUGGCGUUUUGCCAAUUUACAAUAAUGUUGCAUUGAAUGCCAGUGUUGUCUGACUAUGGAAUCAUGGGAUACUAUGUGGUUCUGAUUCUUGGUGUCAUGUGUGCAUGACUCUUACCUCUUUACCUCUGAGCCAAGGGAGUUAUUGUUUCAGUGAGUUCUGGGAUCACUUUCUCACCUGAAGCGUACAUGUGGUGAUUGGAGUCCAAGCGGGGCCAUUGUCAAGACGGGUUUAAGGAGAAAACUCAACUAAAAGGAUUCAUCAUGGUGCAUCAUGUUUACCUUCAUGAAGUAUGUGCUUUUCACCCCUUCUCUUGCUCUGUGGGGAAAAUGUAAAGUCCAAAAGGAAUUGUGUUCUUUCAGGAGUUAGUUAAUGAUGCUCCCCUGAUUUUGGAAUAGCCCAAACAUGGCUGAAAUGUGGAAGUGUCGCAUGGAACUGUUUUCCCCAAAUCCUGGAUCGUUCACUUCAUGGCAGUGCUUAAAGUUUUUUUUGUUAAUCUUUUAACAGCUAACGUUCGUGCAGAACUGGGACUAAAACAGCCUUUAAAUUGCAGUUAUUGAAAGGGGUCUUCUGUCAUCUUUCCGACUUCUCUUCAUCUUCUUCAACUCACUCCGUUGUAAUAACCUGUAAUUGUUUUCAAAUUAAAACCAAUACGCUAAUUAUA